AUGCUCACAGAGUCCAUCAUAGAGCGUGCGACGCCCAUCAAACACGGACCGGCUGUGGUCAGCACGAGCAGCACGAGGAACAUCCGACGAACGAACCGUGUAGCCGCCGCCACCGCCACCAGCGGGCCCACCACCGAUCCAGCCACUUCGUCCACGCCCACCGACACCGUUUCCUUGCCGCAGCGUGUUCGCCAGCAGCUCGCGAAAAGGGCGAGUAAGCUGACGCGCAAUCGGUUCUGCUCCUCACAGGACAAUCUCGGCGCGUCGGAGUACCGCAAGGACCGGCGGGUGCACGGCCUGCAGCUGCCACUGCAUCCGCUGCAGCUGGUCGGCUGGUUUGCCUUGGCCCUGUUCGGUUACUCCACGUUCGGUGUGCUAAUACCGGCGCUCGAGCCGUCUCUGCAGCCGCCACUGUACGUCGCCCUUGCCGGACUCUACCUGGUGCACCUCGGUUCGCACCUCACAGCGCUGCUGCUCGAUCCGGCCGAUCCGGAACUGCGCCGUUUGCCGGCGAGCAAAACCGUGGUGCCCGAGUUUGACCGGACGCGCCACUCGCACGUCAUCGAGAACGGCCGGUGCCACCUGUGCAACAUCCGCACGACGAGCCAGCGGACGAAGCACUGCAGCGUGUGCAACAAGUGCGUCGGCACGUUCGAUCAUCACUGCAAAUGGUUGAACCAUUGCGUCGGUGGACGGAACUAUGUCGCCUUCCUUAUGUGCGUGGUGAGUGCGGUCAUUGCAGCGCUGGUCAUUCUGGCCGCGGCCAUCGUCGAGAUCGUGCUGUACCAUGUGCAGCCGGUGGGCUGGCUGAAUCUCGCCUGGUUUGGGCUCGACCCCAACGCCACCACUGCUGGGAGCGUCCCUUCGGAGGGCGAUGGCCUUGAGCUCGCCGACGUCGCCAGUGCGACAGGCGCUUCGCUCGACGACGAUGUCGUCGGUGGCGGUGUCACUAGUGCCGCGGGCGAACUGUUUGAAAACUUCACCACCUCGGCCAAAGAUCUGCUGCUCAACGGGUCGGCGGUGGUGGGCAUUUUCGGGUCCGAUGCCAACGGAACAACCGACUCGUCGGCGGUUGGUGACGGUGGGGUAUCCGGGGUGGGUUCCGGAGCAGCCGGCGAUGGCGACCAACUGACCGGCAUCGGACUGCACCAUACGAUAUUCCUCGUGUUUGUAGCGUCGCUCGGUAUUCUGGCAGCCAUUGCGGCGGGUCUUCUACUGCAUCUGUGCUUCUUUCAUGUGUACAUUUCUUUUCUCGGGCUCACCACGUACGAGUACAUCCGGAACAAUCGGUUGGCGGCGACAACGCAACAGAAUGGGAGUCGUGCCGGUGAAGCUGGCGAUGGAGGAGAUACAAAAUUGGGGACGGACGAAGACAAAUCGAAGUUCAGCCUCCUCUCGAACUGCUCGCACGCCGGUUCGCGGAAGUUUCCCGAGGUGUACAUCUGCUCGUCGAUCAGCCAGAAGUCUGGCAGUCCGGCAAACCAUCCCGGUUCUUACGCUCCUGGGAGUCAUCCAUCAGCCACCGGCGGUGUACUUCCCACGCUGAUCGUUCCCCAUGGGCAGCUGAACGACCUCAACCGAGUGCGUCCCCGGACGCUCCAUUGCUGUGAUAGUAGUAGUACCGAGUGUCGGAACAAUAUCACCGCCGCUGGUCUGCGGACUUUGACCGCGGCGAACGUUGGUGCUUCAUCGUCCUCCUCGACAACAACCACUACCACCACCACCUCCACCACCGCCAUGGACGCAAUACCACAGCAUCAGCACCAGCAUCAACAGCAGAAGCAGCAACAACACCAUCAGCAGAAGGCUGCCUUUUAUGUCUGUUCGAUGCUGGAAGAUGACGCUCUUCAGGACGAACACACCGAGGUCGGUGCGAGGAAACCUUCGGGAAGCUGCCAGGGCACCAGGACUUUUCAUUGCUGUUCGCAGUACAGCCGCCAGAUGGCAGCCGCCGCGCACUCCUCCUCCACCAUGACGUCCAACAACAAUCACCACCCCCAUCACCACGGCCAUCAUCAUCCACCGCAUCGACAUGGAAACGAUUUUCUCGCUGCAGCAACGGCUGCCACCCUGCUCGCAACUACCAUGACAACCCUCACAACCACGACAACCUCCGAGGAAGCGUAUGUGCAGUACACGGAGCGGUGCACUUUUUGUAGCUUUCAGGUACAGAAAGCGCCCGACCAGGAGCCACCCGAACAUUCCCACCUGCAUCACCACCACCACCAGCAUCCGUACGACAUUCAUCCGUUGCGACGACGAGGUGGAAACGGUACCGUGGACGAUAUUGAAGGCGCCACCAGUGAUGGUCACGCGAUGUGUUGUGCGGCUAAGUCACUCGACACGGUUAAGUCGCACCACCGGUGGAAGAGGAAGUGGAACUGCUGCUCGAACGUACCGGACAGUCCCGACGUGCCGGGGGAUCCACCUGGCGCCAUGAGAACCAUCUCCGGGACACUUUCCGUCGCUGCCAAUCGCUCGGUGCUGAGUGCAGCCAGUAGCGGAAGCCAUGGUCGUGGUCGCUCUGGUUUACCAUCGAUUAUGAACGUUGCCGAAAAUCGCAAUCGGCAGCUGAAUGGACGAGGAGGAGGAGGAGAAAUAGAAGGAGGUGGACGUGAACCGGAACCAUCCCGGAGGCCGGACGUUCCCGAACUGACAAAUAAUGAAAAUUGUGCCAACAAUAAUUGUAGCAGCGUUAGUGUUAGUGAAGCUAGUCAAAGUGUGAGUCCCAGACAUGCGAUGGCCUGCCGUAGCCCUAGUCGUAGUCCUAACCGGGGCCGGGGUGCUUCUUCCGCCGCCAACGGGAACUCCGCUGCUUCGUCGUCCUCUUCAGCGAUACAAAUUCUAAACUCAGAUGCCAACGGUAACGAACUGCCAGGGGAUGGGGUGGAACGACGCGGCACUCCGCCGCCGACACCCUCCCAAGGUGCGUCUCCCGUGCCGAAGCGUCCACGGGCGCGACUUGUGAGACCGUGGCCAGUUGUUCGGUUGCGUCAUAUGAUGCGCAUGAUAGAUCGCUACCGGAGACCUCGGUGUCGAACGAACUUGAAUGGAGCAGGGGGACCAUCCGCGGGUACAGCGGGUGCUAGUGGGAGUGGUAGCAUCCAGACAGGUGCCUGUAGCAGUAACCUCGGAGGAAUUAGCCAGAGCCAAACGAUGGUCAAACAGAAUCAGGUGAGACCAUUGUCGUCGAGUGAGUUUGCCAGUGCACUGCUAACCGUGCCAGGAUUCGGGGCAUCAGUGUUAUCCAACGCAGCGGCCGCGUCCGCCGCUGGUUCAUCAUCGUCCUCUUCAUCCUCCUCGUCUCCCUCAUCGUCCGGUGGCGGCCCAGGAUCACCGUCCGUCCAGCUACGUGCGCUCCUGCCAACAUCGGCGAUCCGAACCGACCAGGGCGGAGCGGCCAACAAUGCGUCCUGUGCGAUCACUAUGCCCGUCCUGCCGCCUCCAGCACGCCGUCGCCUGAAAGGGGGAUGUGGCGAAGUCGAGCAGCUUCCCGAGCUGCUAGGGGACGUACCACCAGCUCGUGUUCCCGUCCAUCCACCAAUGGCACAUCGGCGAAGUCGUCGCAAGAACAUCAUACGUAACCGCAGCCCAACGCUGUCCCCUAUUCACGAGUCCGGCCUAUCGAAUCCGACCUCGCCGCUACCCUGUCGGCAUGUUUACCAGCUCGAUGGGAGCAAAGGUUCCACCGGCAUUGUGCCACUCGUAGCGACCACAGGCUACACUGAUCUAUCACCCUGA